AUGUUUCUAAAUGACACAGUUUUUGUUUUUCUUCUUCUGUCUCAGAUUUGUUUUGGUUUCAUGGGGAACUCAUUUCUCUUUGUAUUAUAUAUGUACAGCUUAUUAAAUAAGUCUCACCUGAAGAAGCCCAUAGGUUGGAUUUUCACACAACUGACCCUGGUCAAUGUCUUGACCAUCAUGUUUGUACUAAUACCAGAAAGCACGCAUUCCUCUGGGGUAAGACAUGUCAUGGAUGAUGUUGGUUGUAAAGCAGUUUUGUAUAUGUACAGAGUGACCCGGGGUCUUUCCAUCUGUACUACCUCACUCCUGAGUACGUUUCAAGCCAUCACUAUUUGUCCCAAUAGUUCUAGAUGGGCAUGGCUUAAAUUUAAACUCUCCACAUGCAUUUUUCUAUCUUGUCUUUUCGUCUGGAUUAUCAACAUGCUGAUCUACAUCAAUAUCAUUGGAACAGUAGGAGCCAGUACCAAUUUCACCAUGCUUGGUCAAGGAUAUUGUCACGUUUACUGUGAAACAAGGUACAUUGGAUUCCAGGAUUCAUCAUCAUUUCUUAGCAGCAUUGUGAUUCGUGACCUCCUAUUUGUGGUCCUCAUGAUCUGGACCAACAUCUACAUGGUUAUUCUCCUCUACAGACAUCACAGGAGAACCCAGCAUCUUCACAACACCAGCAUAUCUUCCCAGACCUCUCGUGAAUACAAAGCCACCCACACUAUCCUAGUACUGGUAAGCUUGUUUGUGUUCUUUUAUUGCUUAAACAACGUUAUGACCUUUUAUUUGCUUUACAGACCUGAGAAAAACUUAAGACUGGAAAAGAUUAGUGGAAUUCUUUCUUCAUGCUACCCUACAAUCUUUCCAUUCAUACUGAUGAAAAAUAACAAAAUUUUUUCCCAGUUUACUUUUCCCCUUCAAAGAAGACAAUUACCUUGUCUCAAAGAGAAUAGAAUGGCUAAUCUGACAUCUUCUACUUCCUUUUGUAAAAGAGGGGUCUCCAUAACAAAUUAA